AUGUUCCGUCACCGUUCAGGGCCGAGUAAACCGGUGUCCGCCAUGGCUGGAGCUGACCGAAGUUUCGCGUCCGACCACCGCGAUCGACGUGCUUGCCGCCUGAAGAGCUGUCGACCAACCUUGUUCACGCCGCCGCCGUUGGCCUGGGGAGCAGAUGCGACGUUCAACUGUGGCCAGGAGACAGACGGGGACGGGGAGGAUGCCGUCCGUAUCACCACCUCUCUCGUCGCCGACGGCACGGUUCGAGCUGUAGGGGGCGGCGGCGGCGGCAGAGGUCGAUGGUGCUCUUUGUGUGUGUGUGUAUGUUGCGCGCGAGCAUGGUGGUUCGCCGGAGGACCACCGGCAUCCGCUGCGACUAGUGGCUGUGUGACGGCGAUGGGUGGUGCGCCGGUGGGAGGUCGGAGACGAUGA